GAGCUGGGGUUCUACAAGCACGUGCUGCCGUCGAAGAUCAGCAGCGUUGAGGCGCUCGCCGCCGCCGCCCCCGUCGCGGAGUCAGCCCUUGCUUCGGCCCGUCCCCUUCUCGCUGCAGAGAACGCGGCGCGCUCAGCUACGACGUCUUCUGGCGAGGCGUCGUCGGCUUCCAGGCGACGGAGAGCAUUGUUGCCGGAGGAGAACCGCCAGUCCAACAGAGAGAUCGUCGAGGCGCUGGAUGACGCCAUGCGUGAUUUGA